UGGCUGUCUUUAACAGAGUAUCUCGUCGAUGACGAAGGGCUGUGCGGCCCGGUUAUUUGGACACGUUUGUGGUUAUCAAGUUUGACAAUAAACAUCGCACUACGUUGUAUGACUUGGAGUUAACGAUUCGCCAGCAUGGGUGGGUUACUCAGUUAUUUUCGUAACCUGCUCGGUAGCCGCGAGAUGCGUAUUCUGAUUCUAGGUCUGGACGGCGCCGGCAAGACUACGAUUUUGUACAGGUUGCAGGUAGGCGAAGUAGUAACUACAAUACCAACCAUAGGAUUCAAUGUAGAACAAGUUACUUACAAAAACUUAAAAUUCCAAGUAUGGGAUCUCGGUGGUCAAACUAGUAUACGACCAUACUGGAGGUGUUACUAUUCAAACACAGAUGCGAUAAUUUAUGUGGUAGAUUCAGCUGACAGAGAUAGAAUAGGCAUAUCAAAAGAUGAAUUAAUUCUCAUGUUACAAGAAGAAGAAUUACAAGGUGCAAUUUUGGUGGUAUUAGCGAACAAACAGGAUAUGGCAGGAUGCCUUAGUGUUGCAGAAGUCCAUCAAGCCCUCGGAUUGGAUGCUCUAAAAAAUAGAACCUUUCAAAUUUUUAAAACUUCCGCGACAAAAGGUGAAGGGCUCGAUCAAGCAAUGGACUGGUUGUCAAACGCGUUACAAAGUAGAAAAUGAUUAUUAUUACAUCAGCAUAAUUCAUAUUCGAGCCUUACAAGGGGACUAGUCACAAGACUGUCACUUUGAACGUGUCGCCGGAUUUCCACCGGACCACGAUGUUCUGUUUAUUUAUUAUAAUUAUUCUAUUUUAAAUAUCUUUUGCAAUUUAUACAGCAAAAGUAUUCACGAAAUUAUUGUAUUCUCCAUAAUGCUGAAUGCGCAAUAAGAUAAUUAUUUUAUCUUUCUAUGUGAUUUAAAAAAAAUAACUUUAGAGAAUUCUUUCCACUUAGAUUCUUCACACUAAUAGAUAUCUCAUAUGUUACUGCUACAUAUGCAUAACAAUUAGUUCAUAAUUUGUUUAAAAUAAUUGUCCUAUUUAUUUAAUCUCAAUGAUAAAUGAACUCAAAUUCAAUCCAUAAAAUUGUAAAUUAUGCAUUUGUAAUGAGAACACAUGCAUAUUGAUAUCAAAUAAAAUAUACAAUUAUGAAUACCAAAUCGAGAUAAAUUUUCGAAAAAAGUUUGGCAACAAAAAGUUAACAAAAAAUUUGUAAAACAAGAAUAAUUCAAUACAAAUCAUAUCUAUGCAUAUAAAAAUGAUAUUUCGAUGUAUCUCAAAUUGUGAAAUACUUUUUCCAAACAUGAUAAAAUAAAUAUAUAAUGAAAUUCAUUGCGGAUGGGGUACAAACAUAAUAUCAUAUAUCAUAUUACUAUUUAUAAAAAUUACACAACAUAAGUAAAAUAAAGUUAAGACUACUGCGAAAAUGUCGCAAUAUUAAAAAUGAUACCACCAUCAAA